AUGCCAUUUCCCAAGACUACCAAGGAGGCGACGGAUGCCGCUGCAGCACUCAUGAAUGACCCAUCGUACAUCCAUGUAUGCCGGCUUGAGCAUGACCACUGGCUAAUGACACAUACGCGAUAUGCAAGUUUCGAACGGAGGGCGCCGCCUGCAGAAACACUGCAAGUACCGAAUGCUCCGAGACCGAGACUGGUGUCAGAGACGGGCUCUGGAUUAGGCUCAAAUACGUCGUUAAACACCCUUUCAUCAGAAUCAAGCUACUGUCCCGGCCUUGAUUCUUCCCUUGACAAUCCUGCCGUUGGCUCCUCACCCCCAUUACCAAUCACGAAUUACGCUUCAAAGCUCAAAGACCGUUUCCCGGAAUUCGCAGAUCUUGAGAAGGUAGACCCGAAACGUGCAGCAGUACUGAAGGCACAGGCUGCCUGCACCAAGGUCUCACAAGUCAGCGAAGACUGGAGACCCGCUGCAACUGGCACCAAAGACUAA